AUGGCUACCACUCAAGCACCACCACCCUAUCAAGGUGCUCCGCCUGCUACUGGUGCUCCCCCUUAUGGUGCUCCUCAAUAUGGAGGAGGAGCUCCGAUUAUUAUCAUGCAACAACAACAGCAACAACAACAGCAGCAACAGCAACAAGUACAGCAGACAGUUAUUGUUCAAGCACGUGGUACUAAUCAUGGUUUAUGUUGCCUCAUUUGUUUACUUACGGGAGGAUUUAGUUUACCGUGUUGGAUUUAUGCUUGUAUCACUGACUAG